GGAACAGCAAAUGACCCUCUGUCUGCAAUAUUAACUUCCCAUCCCAGGACAUACCCGAGCAUUUCAUCACUUUUCAACAGCACACGACGCUCCAUGUCAUGGCGACACGGGAGGCGGAGGUGAGCAGCGGUAGGCGAUAGGUUCCCCGACGGCUGCGCGUGAACACUCGCUGCAGACCUUGAGAGAGGCUACAACGGCGGGGCAACUUCUGCACGUUGGUUCAAGUUAGUGAAAUUGAGGGGGGAAAAGACGAAGUGCAAAUGAAAGCCGCAAACAACUUCAGCUACUUUAGAAACGACAGCAACUGUACCAGUGAUAACAAAAUCAGUCAAGUCAUUUUUCCUUUGCUCUAUACGAUUCUCUUUCUGGUGGGUAUCACCAUGAACGGCCUGGCAACAUGGAUCUUUUUUAAAAUAUCCAGUAAAUCCAAUUUCAUCAUCUUCCUCAAGAACACAGUAAUUUCUGACAUCCUCAUGAUCCUAACUUUUCCAUUUAAAAUCCUUAGUGAUGCAAAGCUGGUGCCAUGGGUACUGAGAGGAUUUGUAUGCCAGGUCACCCAGGUUGUGUUUUACUUCACCAUGUACAUUAGCAUUUUGUUUCUCGGUCUAAUAACUAUUGAUCGCUAUCAGAAAGCCACUUCGCCAUUCAGAACAGCAACCACAAGGAGCCUUUUAGGUGCCAAGAUCCUGUCCACAGCAAUUUGGAUAUCAAUGUUUACUCUUUCAUUACCCAACAUGAUUCUAACAAACAAGAAGAAAACACCUAAGAACGUAAAGAAGUGCGCUCUCUUGAAAUCUGAGUUUGGCUUAGUCUGGCAUGAAGUUGUAAACUAUAUUUGUCAAUUGAUCUUCUGGCUUAAUUUAGCAGUCAUAGUUGUAUGUUACAUACUCAUAACUAAAGAGCUUUACAAAUCCUAUAAGAGGACAAAACGCACAGGAAAAGCAGCAUCCAAAAAGACUGUAAAUCUGAAGGUUUUUAUCAUUAUUGCAGUGUUCUUCAUUUGUUUUGUGCCUUUCCAUUUCACUAGGAUCCCCUACACUUUGAGUCAAACGAGAGAUGUUUUUGAAUGCUCUGCUCGGAAGACCUUGUUUUACUUGAAAGAGAGCACGCUCUGGCUGACAUCACUAAAUGCCUGUCUAGAUCCAUUCAUAUACUUUUUUCUUUGCAAAUCCUUUAGAAAGUCCUUGCUAGACGUGCUGUGCAAGCACACAGCGCCGUCAGAACUCAGAACGCAGAUGAUGGAGCAGAACGAAAGAGAUGACACAGAGGAGACGCCGUUAUAGAGCUGAGAACUAACUAUACUGCUAUUUGGCCAUCUAUGCUUAUUUGAAUAAAAAAAGCACCAGUCGUCUUUCUGGUAAAGUCAGCGUCUCAAAUUUCACCAACUCCUUUUUUCUUGUCCUACAGAUGAAAUACAAACACAUUGGAACUAAUAUUAUUCAUUGCAAAAUGUCAAUGGAGAAAUUAAAGAGUCUGAAUAAAGCAAGAGCGCAUCACCUGAUCACGGCCUACAUGCUUGUUAGAACUAUUAGGAAAAAGUCAAAACUUACGGUUAGAGCUGUAAGGAAAAAUUAAGCCAGGGUCAUGACAUGCUAGAGAUGAGAUUACGAGCUGCAGAAAUUUUGCAGAGAAAUAACUGAAUUUGGGCCACACCAAAUUGGCCCAUGCCAAAACAAGAUCUGAGAGAUGCAAAUAAAAUGUAUGGUAAAUGUAAUUUUUAAAAACAGAGAGUUGUCACUUUGCAUACAACUGUCAUACAAAUAGAAAUAUAGGGCACAUAUAGAUAAUCUACUUAUCUGUUCAGAUUUUUGGUAAGAGAAUAACAUUUUGCUUAUUGCAUUACAUGCUUGCAAUUCUGAAUACAUUAGCCAGUAAUUAAUGGUUGCCUGUCACAGGAAAUUAUUUUGUAAUCAGCUGUGUCUCGAUGUGGUUUAUAUCUUCAAAUAUUUCACCUUAACAUAUGAAAAAUAAACAAAAAAGUACACUUUCAUAGAGAAUAAUAUAUUAUACUGGACAAUGUAUGAAAUCUCAAUUUUAUGUAAUACUACUUAGAUUUUUA